UCCGGGAGUCAGAAUUUGCUCCAACACCUCACAGACCAACGUGGAGCUCAGUAACUCUGGGCCACCCCUCAGAUGCCUACAAAGUGCUGCUCCUCCCACAUUAGAUGGGCCACAAAUGGAGCCCCGGUUCCACAUGGCUGACAUUUGAGGGUGAGGACUUGCGGUUUGGUGGAAGGCAGUCCAGCUGAUUGGAAGACAACCGACUGACUGGUGGCCUUGGCAAGGGAAGCUGUUUUCACUCUAACCACCAGGGAGCGCUGUGGCUUCAGGGCUCUGACAGACCAGCGUUUGUAGCCUCAAAUCAACAGGAAGGAGGCUUAGGACUCCCGAAUCACCUCCUUCCCUCACUUUAUGGAUAAGAAAACUGCAGCCAAAAGAAGGACCAUGGCUUUAGAAGGUGGAAUCCAGGCCGAGGAGGUGGGCGCUGUCCUUGGUCAGCUCACGAUGUAGGACGCCCAGACAGGCAGCCAUGGAGUGGCACAAUGGCUCAAGCCAAACUCUGGACUCACCGCCCACAACCUGUGUCUACCGAGAGAACUUCAAGCAACUGCUGCUGCCACCUGUGUACUCGGUGGUGCUGGCGGUCGGCCUGCCACUGAAUGCCUGCGUCAUUGCCCAGAUUUGCACAUCCCGCCGGGCUCUGACCCGCACGGCUAUAUACACCCUGAACCUGGCCCUAGCUGACCUGCUGUAUGCCUGCUCCCUGCCCCUGCUCAUCUAUAACUAUGCCCAAGGUGACCACUGGCCCUUCGGCGACCUCACGUGCCGCCUGGUCCGCUUCCUCUUCUACGCCAACCUACAUGGCAGCAUCCUCUUCCUUACCUGCAUCAGUUUCCAGCGCUACUUGGGUAUCUGCCACCCUCUGGCUGCCUGGCACAAGCGUGGGGGCCGCCGGGCUGCCUGGCUCGUGUGUGGGGCUGUGUGGCUGGUCGUGACGACGCAAUGCCUGCCCACAGCCUUCUUUGCCUCCACGGGCAUCCAGCGUAACCGCACUGUCUGCUACGACCUGAGCCCACCAGCCCUGUCCACUCGCUACUUGCCCUAUGGCAUGGCCCUCACAGUCAUCGGCUUCCUGCUGCCCUUUGCCGCCCUGCUGGCCUGCUACUGCUGCCUGGCCCGCCGUCUAUGCCGCCAGGAUGGCCCAGUGGGGCCUGUGGCCCAGGAGCGGCAUGGCAAGGCAGCCCGCAUGGCUGUGGUGGUGGCAGCCGCCUUUGCCAUCAGCUUCCUACCUUUCCAUGUCACCAAGACAGCUUACCUGGCAGUGCGCUCUACUCCCGGUGCCCCCUGCCCCGUGUUGGAGGCCUUUGCAGCCGCCUACAAAGGCACACGGCCCUUCGCUAGUGCCAACAGUGUGCUAGACCCCAUCCUCUUCUAUUUCACGCAGAAGAAGUUCCGCCGGCGGCCACAUGAGCUGCUACAGAAACUCACAGCCAAGUGGCAACGGCAGGGUCGUGAGACCACUGGGGCGGGACACCUGUGCCUGGACAGCCAUGGUGUUUGCCGUUGUGGCUGAGGCACCAGAAGACUCACCAACCCUAAACCAUGCAGAGAAUUAAGAGUUUAGCUCAGCUGUGCAUGUAGUGAGGUCUCCCACAGACCCCAAAAUCUCACCAACUAUUUAUUGAUCCCUUUCACUGGACCAGAUUCUGUGGCCACAGAGACAGACUAGCCUGGGCCUGGCCCUCCAGAAGUUCCCUGUCAACCAUGGAGAGUGGGAGAAGCCAUGUUAAGCUGCUCACAAAAAUAUAGUGUGACAUGUACUAUAAUUGAGUAUGCUACAUGCUUUGGAGUCACCAAUAAGGGAGUGAAGGAAGAUUGGAGUGGGAAGUGAGAGCUUCUGGGAAGAGGCAUUUGAGCUGGGUUUUGAGGGAUGAAUAUGAGCUUUCUGAGUGUGCCGUUCCAUUCAUUCAGCAAACCUUUACUGACACCUUGUGUUCAGGCCUGGGUGAGUUCUGGGGCCCCAGUAGUACCAGCCCCAGCCCUGCCCCAUACCGGCUCCCAACUACUGGAGGUACUGACACAGUGAUGGCAAAGCUGUAAUAGAGGGAAGCAUGUCUAGGGGAAGAGGUGCCCAGAAG